CGCAGAUUUCGGAUCAGUCGUUUAGAGCAAAUAAUGCUUGGGUUGGGGGCUUAUCGUCCUGUGUUUUUUUACACGUACGAUCUAGCAUGAGAGGCAAAAGCCAAUUGAUGAGGUCAUAACAUAUUGCAGGCAGGUGUGUUGUUUGACUCUGCACAGUGGUUGGGAGUUGGGUGAUUUUCUUUCUUGUUUCUUUUUAAAAAGCCCGCAGCCCGCCAAAGUUUGGAAGUACCCGGAUGAUAAGCGUGCAUGAUAAAUAAGAUAAGCAAGACAGUGCAAAAUACGCAAGAGACCUUCAUCCUAAACAGGCCAGUUUGGUCAUCUGGGCACUACAGUCAAUACCAUGCAAAAAGCUCUUGUUGUUCUAAGCUUGCUGGGGGCGUCACUGGCAGCCGAUUGGGACUACGACUCCAAAGGGCCUAGCAAAUGGUCGAGUUCCUUCUCACAAUGCAACGGCUCGUCCCAGUCUCCUAUCGACAUUAUAACUUCAAGUGUGGCGUUCGACCAAUCCUUGGGUGAGCUGCAGUUCGUUAACUUUGAUACCAUACCAACCGGUUCCAAAAUCAGCCUCAAGAACAAUGGGCACGCCUUCCAGGUAAACAUGCUUUCUGCCGGAACUUUCACCGUUAGCGGAGGAGGACUGGGCGCAACUUAUUCUACAGUUCAGUUUCAUUUGCAUUGGGGAAGCAAAAACGAGCAAGGCUCGGAGCAUCUGAUAGACGGAAAAGCUUUUGCCGGCGCGGUUCAUAUCGUGAGCUAUAACACCAAGUAUCCCAACAUCAGCGCGGCGGUCGACAAGAGUGACGGACUAGCAGUGGUGGGCAUAUUACUCAAGGUUGGAACCGAGUCCGCCGCACUUAAGAAAUUUAUGGAAAACAUAGGCAGUGUUACUAAAGUAAAUACUUCCGAUGAAUUCGCUCAACCGGCCAAACUUGGUGAUCUGCUGCCUAGCAACAAGGAUUUCUACCGUUACCAAGGCUCCCUGACCACACCUGGUUGCCAGGAGAGUGUCACCUGGUCUGUGAUGGCAAACCCGAUAACCGUAUCCGAGGCGCAGUUGACGAUAUUACGUGGACUGAAACAAAAGGAUGGGGUGGCAGUGAUACAAGACAACUUCCGUAACACAAUGCCGUUAAACGGAAGAGCUGUCAAGUCCAACUUCAAGGCACCCACCAGCACACCACCUCCACCUGUUACUACCCAAAGGGCAGGCGCACGCUCUGCGCUGGCUUGCAUGGCUACCGCUGGCUUGGUUGUACUGGCAGCCCUGAUGAUUUAAAUGUUUUCUUACAUAAUUUACUUUUUUUUUGUUGUAGUUUAAGCAUACAGUUAUCAUGAUGUUCGUCUUAGCACGUAACUAAAAAGUAUGCAAAAGAACAAGAUGAAAUAAAAAAUUAGCAUUGGGAAUUUUAUUUCACAAAACACGUUUAAUCCUUUUUAAUGUCAUACGUGUGUAGCUGUUUUAAUUGUAAUAAAGGUCGUCACUAAG